CAAAACACCGCGAAUGAAGCAUAGCGGCGAUAAACCCGCGGGUUACUUAUUUAAAUCUAUUUAUUUAUUUAUUUAUGUAUAUAUUUAAACAUUAAAUCGGUUAUUUGCAGAAACCGGGACGGAAGGAGAGGAGAAUGGUCGUCCCUGAUGGUGGAAGUGUCCAGCCAGCGGACAGCGGUGAUGCAGACGAGGUGAUGUCCAGCUCAGAGCCGGAGUUCGGUCCCAAUCUGACCGCGGUGGAGCUGCAGGAGGUGCGUAAGCUGCAGGAGCUGGUGCGCCGUCUGGAGGUCCAGAAUCAAGCCCUGCGCAACAGGGGCAGCAAACUCACCAGCAACGGCAACCUCUCCACCGGAGCUAACAGGAAUAACCUGCACGGGGCCAUGGACACUUCUCCCGGAGCAGAGGAUGCUGGGAACCUGGAGGGCAGCAGCAGCGGUGAGGACAUGUCUCCGCUGCCCGAGGCCUCCAGGCCGGAGGAGGAUGGGUUCUUAGGCUCCAAACAAACACUGGGAGGCUUCGAGCCGAGUUUGUCUCCGGAUCUCUGUGAUUCAGAGACACUGGGAGCGAGGGAUGCGGGUAUGGACCAGUCCGGCCUGGACGAGGUGGAUGAGCUUGACUUAGAGACGUGCGCUCAGACCGAGGAUGAAGACAGUUGGUUGUACAUUUCACCAAAGAAGCAGGUUGCGGCUGAACUGGGGCCUGAAUCACCACUCAAAUGGUGUCGAAAAGUUCUCGAUCAUCCCAGUCCAGAGACUGAGGUCGCCUGUCGCACGCUCAUCAACCGACUAGACCAAACGUCUAGAUGGAAGAACGUGUACAGUAGCCCAUCUCAGUCCAGUGAGGCUGGCGUCUCGGCGUCCUCGUCUGCUGGGUACCUCAAAUCAACUAACAAAACACUACUAACCUCUGGCAGCUCAGGUUGCAUGGGCGUUCCCUCUGCUCUCAGCUCACAGUCGUCCAUUGACAGUGAGUUAAGCACCUCAGAUGACUCCAUCUCCAUGGGCUACAAGCUUCAGGACCUGACCGAUGUUCAGAUAAUGGCUCGUCUGCAGGAGGAGAGUCUCCGGCAGGACUACGCCUCUACCUCGGCCUCGCGCCGCAGCUCCUCGGCCUCCCUGCAGUCUCUGCGUCGAGGCACCUACAGCGACCAGGAGCUGGACUCCUACAGUCAGGAGGACGAGGAGGAUGAGUGCUGCUCUCUGCCACAGCGGCUCCAGCGCUACUCGCCCUCCCCCCACGGCUCGCCCCGCCGCCCACGCAUGUCCCGCCGCUCGCUGCGGGGCCCGGGGCCCAAACGCGAGGGUCUCCGGCAGGACUACGCCUCUACCUCGGCCUCGCGCCGCAGCUCCUCGGCCUCCCUGCAGUCUCUGCGUCGAGGCACCUACAGCGACCAGGAGCUGGACUCCUACAGUCAGGAGGACGAGGAGGAUGAGUGCUGCUCUCUGCCACAGCGGCUCCAGCGCUACUCGCCCUCCCCCCACGGCUCGCCCCGCCGCCCACGCAUGUCCCGCCGCUCGCUGCGGGGCCCGGGGCCCAAACGCGAGGGUGUAUCAUCUGCGAGGAUGAGGGCUGAUGGCCAGUCCCCUCUCUAUCUGCGGACUCCCAUGAAAGCCCUGAGCCCCGUCAGCUCGAUGUCUGCGCUGCGACAGCAGGCCAAAGGGCCAGCGAGUGCCCAGGGAGGGCUGAGGAGGUUGCAGUCGCCCGGGCCCAACAACGGGGUGUCAUACUCCGCUGCUGUCGCCCGGCAAACGCCAGGAAGAGGCUUGACACCCGCUUCACCUUCAUCCAGAGGCAGACUUCCACAGACGCCCAGGAGCAGAUCUCUGGGAAUGACCAAACCGUGCGCUCCCGUCGCUGACGAGGCCUGGAAAGAUGGUUGUUACUGAAGCCCUGAGAACUUCAGCUGUUUUCCACAAAAAGACAUGGCAGAGAAAAAUCAACACAGAGUCCCUAAAACCGGAGCCUCCAUAAUGAGAGGAACAAUGGAUCAGACACAGUUUGCAUUCAAAGACGACAACACAUUUUAAUCUUUGCUUGAUUUUCAGAUAUCAAUAUACUUUUAUUUUCAUGAGAAUGGGGAAGUAUGAGAAAAGUAUGAGAACUUGAAUAAUGAAAAAGGUUUGAUGUCCUGUAAUACUUGUUGUUUUUGUGAAACAAUGUGUGGAAUUUAAUUCCUAAAUGCUGUGGAGUAACCUGAUGUUGGUUUUGCAUGUCUAUCUGUUUUUAGAAAUGAAGGAUAUAUUAUUUUUAUUUGUGGGG